AUGCCUCCAAAAGAUGGGAAGAAGCAGGCCCCCGGCAAGUCGUCGGCUACAGCAAAUGCGAAGGACGGGCAAAAGGUCUCCAUAGAAGAUCUUCUUUUCCCCAGAACUGUGAUCGCGAGCUUGGCCAAAGAAAGCGCACAACAUGGCCAAGAUCGGGACACCGCGGCGAAGGACGAGGAGGUGCGCAAGGUAAUGCUAUCAAAAGACGCGGUCACUGCCCUGCAGCGAUCCGCAACGGUCUUUGUCAAUCACCUGCUGGUGUACGCGCGCGAGAGCGCUGGCGCACAGGGUCGCAGAAGCUGCAGCGUCGACGACGUGCUUUUGGCACUCAACCAAUGCGGAAUGGAGGGGCUCGAGGGCCUGGUGAGGGCGAAACUCGACGCGUACCUCCAGAUGUUCGAACUGCGAAAGCAGGAGAAGAGUGCGCCUCGCAGCGCUGCGCAGAGAGCGAACGUCAACUCUAAGGAGAACGCAGGCGAGAGGGACCAGGACGAGGGCGAUGAGGACGAACAGGAGAAAGGAGAGGACCAGGAAGCCAACGGAGCCGAGCCCUCCAAGAAACAAAAGCUACAAGAACCAUAUGAUACAGCGGUUUAG